UUUGUGAGUGAGAGACAACACGCUCCCACCAUUUAACCUGCACCUCCACUACACCUCUUGCACGGAUUUGGGGUCUCUCGGCAAUCAGAAUGCGCGCGGACUGAGCUUGCUUGAGAAUUAUCCCUGCGCCAACGUCUCCGCGGUUUCCUCUUCGCGCACCCACGCGCGACCGAAAACAAACAUCUGAAGUUCUUCCAUUCGCGACUUCAGACAGCACCACUCGUUUACAACAACAUCGAAUCUGCCUAGGAGGAUACGCGCAUACCCUGGGCUUUAUACAACAUGUCAUUCAGCUUUGGAAACACGGCUGGUGGGGAGAAGAAGACGGGUACUCUUUUUGGAAGCACUACAGCACCAGCUGGUGGUCUGUUUGGUCAAUCGCAGCAGCAACAGCCACAGCAGUCAAACGCGACACAGUCUGGCGGCCUCUUCGGGUCAUCGACCGCCCCCCAGAAUAACAACAACACCAACAACAAUGGCUUGUUUGGAUCAACACAACCACAGCAGCAGAACUCCGGAUCGAGCUUGUUUGGCCAGCCGCAGCAACAGCAACAGCAGCAAAAUGCAGGCUCGAGUCUCUUUGGACAGCCUCAGCAGCAACAGCAACAACAAAACGCGGGCUCCAGUCUGUUCGGCCAACCCCAGCAGCAGCAGCAGCAGCAACAACAGGGGCAACAGCAACAGCCAAACAUGGGCAACAGCCUAUUCGGCGCCUCGUUGCAGCCAGCACCUGUUCUCAACAACGUACAGGCGCAAAGCGUUCAGCAACAGCGCGAAGGGCUUCCGCAGCUGCGCCAGUCUUCUGCACAACCUUUUGCUGGCUCUGCCUACAUGACCGGUCACAGAGAGAAGUCGGUCAUCGAGCAGAUACGGAUUCUCAACAACAAGUGGGACCCCGAGAACCCUGAAUGCGUCUUCCAAUACUACUUCUAUAACUCGGUCAAGCCCGAAGAAGCGCCCUUCUACGGGCCCUCGCAAGGCGAAGACGAACGGAAAUGGGAGGAGGCUUUGUCAAAGAAGCCAAGCCCAGGUGCCAUCCCUGUGCUUGCCCGCGGCUUUGAACAGGUUGGAGAACGCAUCAAGCAACAAGCAGCUGCCGUCACCGCGCUCCGGACCAGACUGCACGAGAUCAACAACAGUCUGUCACUUCUCAAAGACGCGCACGAGCUGACUGUAGCUUCGCGCAUCACUGAAGCAAAGCGGAAGCACAUCGUUUUCACACAACGAACACUAGCCCUUGCAACCAAGGUCCAGAUCCUGCGUAACCGAGGAUACGUCAUGGAUCAGCCAGAGGAGGACCUGAAGAAGAAGCUCAUCGAGUUGGAGAAGCAGACGUUUGAUCCCGUACUUGGCGGGCGACAAGAAGAGAUCUGGGCGCGUAUGUCUGGUGUGCGCGAGCGGGCGCGUAUCCUUCAGGAGGAGACCGAAAAGCUGGGCAAAACGAUUGAGCAGCAACAAAACGGUGAACUCCUUACUGAUGAAGACCAAAAGGCACUAGAGAAGCUACUCAAAGACUAUGACCGACAACUCGAGCACCUCAAGAAGUGGGUCGACGACACUAGAGACGAGUACGAUGAAUGGGAGACGGCGCAGCAAUCAAGGCCGACAAAGCGAUAAGAGCAUAAUACGGUGGCGUGUUCGGCAUGUACGAUUCAUAGGCGAUCUGGAGGUUAUAUUUCGAAAAGUCGGGCGUCGUGAGAUACCAAGCAGCGGACGGAUGCAUAGAAGGCGUACAAUUAAGCGUUGCAUAAUAUCUCAUCUUCAUCAUAGUGUGCGCUGGAGCAUUGGUGAUCGAUUCUUUUAUUCACAUAGCAGUCCUUUCUAGCUGACUGAAAGCACC